AUGAUGAAAGUUGUGGGCUUAAUAAGUAGACGAGACUUCCAUGUUUCUCGUAGGAUUUUGAAUUCGUUUGAAUCGGUUCAUAUCAGUGAUACCAAUAGGUAUAAGAAAUUGUUAAUUGAAAGAGGUAAUUUUACAGAUCAACAGGCCAAUACUAUAGUAGAUUUGAUGACAGAUGCUAUGAAAGGUGGUAUUAAUCAUGUUGCUCAGGAUCUGGCAAAACGUGAGAAAUUAACACAGCUUACUUAUCAGCAAAGGGUUGAUUUUGCCAAAUUGAGAGAUCAAUUGUUGUCGUCAGAUAAAACAGAAUUUAAUAAUAUACAAAAUGAAUAUGAAAGAUUACGUACUGAUCUUGAGAAACUGAGGAACAAAUUGAGAGAGGAAAUCUCAAAGGCUAAUGCUGGUUUUAAAUUAGACUUGUCACUAGAGAAGGGUAGAAUUCGUGAAGAAAGCAGUCAUCAUGACAUUCAAAUUAAGCAGAUAGACACAAGAAUUGAUGAAGAAAUUGUAAAUAUGAAAAUCCAAAUCGAUUCUGUUAAAACACAAGUCAUGCAAUGGCUAUUUGGUGUCUGUACAGGUACAUUCGCUUUAGUGUUAGCAUACGUUAGAUUAAUUUCCUAG